CCCGUCCUCAGUAUCGACGCGACGUCACCUCCCCGGCUCCGUCUGGCCUGUCUUCUUCCCCUCCCCGCACUUUCCGACGGUCCAUCAUCAUGGUGCGCUUACCGUUGCCACAACGGCUCAGCACUCAUUUGAGCUCAAAAAGCACCAAUACCACUCCCGGUCAAAGCAGAAGUACCAGUCCCAUGAGAAUGUCUGACACGAAGCCCUUGAUCCUCAAGGUCUCCGUUCUUCGGGGGAGGAAUCUAGCAGCUAAGGACAGAGGAGGAACCAGCGACCCGUACAUGAUAGUCACACUUGGAGAGGCCCGACAGUCAACACCCACGAUACCAAAGACCCUGAACCCAGAAUGGAACGUCACGUUUGAGAUGCCCGUGGUCGGCGUACCACUAUUGGAGUGCAUCUGUUGGGAUCAUGAUCGGUUCGGCAAAGACUAUAUGGGCGAAUUCGACAUUGCCCUCGAGGAGAUAUUCAGCCGCGGCGAGGUCCAUCAACAGCCAACCUGGUACACUCUUCGCUCGAAACGAAAGUCUUCGAAGAAGAAGGACAGUAUCAUCUCUGGGGAAAUCCUGCUGCAGUUCUCUCUCAUCGAUCCGGCAAACCCCAAUGCCCCUGCGGAAGAAGUCUAUCAAAAAUUCAGAACCCUGGUAUGUGCUGGGGACGACGAAGAUGAGUUCCCGCAGGUACCUUCGUUUUCACCAGAGGAUGUCGACAGAGAUGAAGAAACGUCGGAUGAGACGGACGACCCCACCAAACCAGAGAUCGUGGAAAAGCGAAGAAGGAGGCUGCGCCUUAAACGUCUGAAACGGAAAUCUUUGGCAGCAAGAGCCUACCAGUUUUCCGGUAUAGGAAAUGGAGUGCAAGGUAUCGUGUUCAUGGAGAUUGUAAAGGUGACGGACCUCCCGCCCGAACGGAAUGUGACGCGCACCUCCUUCGACAUGGACCCGUUUGUUGUCACCUCACUCGGAAGAAAGACGCUUCGAACACCGGUUGUUCGUCACAAUCUUAAUCCAGUAUACAACGAGAAAAUGGUGUUCCAGGUCAUGAAGCAUGAAACUUCUUAUACGAUCGGCUUCACCGUCAUGGACAGGGACAAGUUCUCUGGCAAUGACUUUGUCGCGUCGGCCGGAUUUCCAUUGCAGACCUUGAUCAAAUCCGCUCCCAACGCCGAUCCUGAGACUGGCUUGUACGAUUUAUCAAAUCAGACUCCUGAUCUGACGAGCUCUGAAUCGGACAUUGCUGCGAGACCAGCUCCGAAGAUCUCGGUCAGCCCCUCUCCCUCGACCAGCAGCCUGUCUAGAUCACCUAAACUAGGCAUGUCACCAAGGGGCUCUUCUACGUCCCUGUCAGGCCAGUCACAGCAGGGAGAAUCGACUCUUCUUCCACCUCGGAGUGUCCCGGAAGACACCGAGACUCCCAGCCUCUCAAGCUCUCCUACGCUAGCUAACUUUACCGUCUCCCCGCUUGAGGCUGAUAGCGAAGGGCUUCGAGUUUAUCGCAUCCCACUCAGUUUGAAGAAUAAGGACAGAUGGGAAGACAAGCAUUCGCCUGAACUCAUUGUCAAGGCCAAAUAUAUGCCGUAUCGUGCCCUGCGCCAGCAAUUCUGGAGACUCAUGCUCAAACAAUACGAUGCAGACGAUAGCGGUCGUAUUGACAAGGUUGAACUGACUACCAUGCUUGACACUCUUGGUUCCACCUUGAAGGAGUCCACAAUUGACAGUUUUUUCGAGCGUUUCAGUCUGGAAAAUCAACCCAGCGAAACAAUGGAUCUGACCUUUGAUCAAGCCGUGAUCUGCCUAGAAGAUACCCUUCAGGCACUCCAAAAAGACCCGAGACUGGCAGGCAGAAAGGUUUCACCCACAUCAUCAUCGAUCAGCCAGGAUAGUGAGGAACAGUCGAGCGGUGAUGAUGAGCUCAUUGCAGGGCUUAACGCUGGCCUGCCAGCCAACCAUGACCCUCAGACUACACAUAUUCCUACCAUACCCACCGAAGAGCAGCCGGGCUUGGUUGAGGAAGACCUUCAACCUGACGAUUUGGGAGAUGAACGCGGUGUGGAGCACGUCAUUGAGCUUCGAGAAUGCCCCCUCUGCCAUCAACCGCGGCUCUCUUCUCGUUCCGAUGCCGACAUCAUCACGCACAUUGCCACAUGCGCAAGCCGGGACUGGAGGCAGGUGGACAACCUCGUCAUGGGAGGCUUCGUGACCUCCAGCCAGGCGCAGCGCAAAUGGUACACCAAAGUCAUCACGAAGAUUGGUUAUGGUGGCUACAAGCUGGGAGCCAACUCGGCCAAUAUCCUUGUCCAGGACCGAAUUACUGGGCAAAUCAAUGAGGAGCGCAUGAGUGUCUAUGUCCGAUUGGGUAUCCGAUUGCUGUACAAGGGUCUUAAGAGCAGAGAAAUGGAAAAGAAGAGAAUUCGCAAAAUCUUGAAGUCUAUGAGUAUCAAGCAGGGCAAGAAGUACGAUGAUCCUGCGUCUGCCAGUCAGAUCCGGGACUUCAUCAACUUCCACCAACUUGAUAUGUCCGAAGUCUUGUUGCCCAUCGAGAAGUUUAAUAACUUUAACGAGUUCUUCUACCGUGCACUGAAACCCGGUGCCCGGCCCUGCUCAGCGCCGGACGAGCCCAGAGUUGUUGUGUCACCUGCUGAUUGUCGAGCGGUUGUAUUCGACCGUAUGGAUGAAGCGACUAAUAUCUGGGUUAAAGGUCGAGAAUUCUCUAUCGAACGCCUCCUCGGCGAUGCUUACCCCGAAGAUGUGAAGCGCUACAAGAAUGGAGCACUGGGUGUUUUCCGUCUUGCUCCCCAAGAUUAUCAUCGCUUCCAUAUCCCCGUGGACGGAGUUAUGGGUACCCCCAAGACUAUUGAGGGUGAGUACUACACGGUCAAUCCCAUGGCGAUCCGCUCUGCUCUCGACGUGUAUGGCGAGAACGUGAGAGUUCUCGUGCCAAUUGAUUCCGCGGCUCAUGGCCGUGUCAUGGUGGUCUGUGUUGGAGCCAUGAUGGUUGGAAGCACAGUCAUUACACGAAAGGCUGGGGAGCAGGUUUCACGGGCCGAAGAGCUCGGUUACUUUAAAUUUGGAGGAAGUACCAUUCUUUUGCUCUUUGAGGAGGGGUCGAUUAAUUUCGACAGUGACUUGGUGGACAACUCGAAGGGGCCCUUGGAAACUUUGAUCCGGGUCGGCAUGUCUGUGGGUCAUCGUCCCGAUAUUCCUCAGUUCGAACCGGACAUGCCCAAGAAAUCCGAGGAUAUCUCUCUUGAGGAGAUGCAGUCUGCGAAGCGUCGGAUUGAAGGCAGUCUGGCCCCGCCUACUGAAGAUGUCCCUGCUCUCCCGUAGACUAUGUUCUGCAUUGUAAUCUUGUUACAUAUGCUCUGUAUUCUUGCAGCCUUUUUUGCCAAGCGGGGUAUAUUGCUUUAUUUUUUUUUUCUUAUUCUUUCGGGCGUUGACAGGUACGCUUAGAGGCCCGGAGCCUGCAUAGCGAUUGAGAAACUCAUUUUGUAAAAAAGAUUAUAAGUAUGAGGUGUGAUGGGCAUGGCUGAGUGUUGAAAAGUGGGUGGACUGUACAUAGUCUUGAUACAAGAAUAUAGGUAAUUAUGCC